UCCACACCGGGACUGACAGCUGCCCGCUCCCGGAUCGCUCUGUGUCCCUGCCCCCGGCACACCAGCUAAAAGUGCACCGGUUCUCCGGCCAGACAGGAACAUCCAGGGGCUAUUUCCAGCCAUAGCAGGGGAUGUCUGCAGAGGAUGAUACUCUGAAAAGACAAGGUGAUAUGUGGUCCGAGCUGGAGAAAGCUGAAAAACUGGCCCGAGGAGCCGCAUUGAAGUGGGCCUCGGGAAUCUUCUACCAUCCAGAUCAGCUGGAGAGAUUGGGCCAGUAUCGCAAGAGAGAGACACAAAGAACCUCAUCUGUUGAGUCCAGGUUAAAGUCUGCUGUUCAGUCCUAUCUGGAAGGGGUCGGGACAGGCCUUGGGCAGCUGAAGGCUUCUCUCGAUGAUGUCAGGGCAGUGCGCCGCACACUGGUUGACGUCUGUGAAGACUGGCAGAACAAAGUCAAUGGGUUUGAAGGCCUGGGGCAGCUACGCAGCCUGGUUUCUGACCAUGUCCAGUUGGCUACUGUAGUGCACAAUCUACAGCAAGUGUUCUCAGUCCCUGAGGUUGUGCAUGAGACCCGGCAGCUGAUAGAGGAAAGGAGGCUGCUGGAGGCCCAUGCCAAGCUGAUGGAGAUGGAGUGCUGGCGAGACAGCAUCCUUCAGCAGCUACACCACGCCGGGAGGCAGAACACAGAAGGGGAGCAGAUCGUCUUGUCGUAUUUCGCCGUUGUCGGUCAGCUCAAUGAGGAGCUGGCCAAGGAACUCUGGGAUGUCGUGAGCUGCGGCCCAACCCUGGUGAAGCAGGACCCAUCCCUGUUUGUCUCGGCCAUUCGCAUCAUCGAGCGGGAAGAGCAAAUCGACCAGGCGGCCAUGGAUGGCCAAAGCCAACACCUGUUUCUCCCUCCUGGGAGGCCGAAAAAUCUGCGGCAGACCUUUUUUAAAGUUAUCGAGCAGUCAACCACGGCGCAGUUCCGAGUGAGGCAAACCGACACAAAGGGACCGGGGCUGGCCAAUCAUCUGGCGGUCUUACACAACAAUAUUCUCAGCGAUCUCAAAGUAGUGAAACACUUGAUGGUGCAGUGCUGCCCACCCCAGUACAACAUCCUACAGACCUAUGUGCUGCUGCACCACAGUUGCCUUUCGGGGCAUCUGCAAGAUAUUAUCUCCUGGGACUUAGAGAAGAGUGAGAUCUACACAGUGCUGAGCUGGAUACAUCACAUUUACCACAGCCGUCCAAAGAUGCUCACUCACCCAGAUCUCUCUCCCGAUGUCGACAUUGUGUCACCGGGACCUCUGAUUUCCCAAGAUGCCCUGGAGCAGCUGCAGAAUAAGUAUGUCAGCGCUGUCAGGGUGGCAGUGUCAGACUGGAUGCAGAAAGCCUUGGAAGCAGAAGUGAGUGACUGGUACCGAGAGGAGGAGCCUGAGUCUGACCACGAAGGUUACUACCACUCCAGCCUGCCAGCAAUUGUGACCCAGUUCUUCAUGGACUCUUCCCACAGGUUCCGAGAGGCAGUGAUCAGUUAUGGCAAGGAACGACAGAAACCCUCCCAGCCCAAGUACUACCUGCUGUACCUGCUGGCUACUGUCAACAACUGUAUCGCCUUCAGGAGAUGCAUCCAAUGGCUGCAGCAGCAAGGCGUCCAGGGUUCCCAUGGCGACGGCUGCAGCAAGUUACCUCACCCCAUCGAUACAGCUGUGGACCGAGCAAUGAAGAAAGGCUGCAGGCUGCUAAUAGAUGAGAUGCUUUCAGAUCUCCAGCCCCAUUUCCUCCAGCUAUGGCCUACGUCCUGGUUCUGUGGAUCUGAUAUUAUCGACACUAUCUGCACUGUCUUGGAGACACACUGCAGUUACUUCACCCACAUCAGGGAGCCCAUCUUCCAGUUCAUGCUGUCUGAAGGCCUCCGGCUGGUAAUUAUUGAUUAUGUCCGCACGCUGGUACUGAGGAAGAUUGUCUGCAAAAACCCUGCGGAACGAGAGAGGCUGUCAGACAGAAUGGCCCGUGAUGCGGAGAAAUUGCACGAGCUCUUCUGUAAUUUAGGAAUGGAAGAACCUGAUCACCUAACCAGAGUGAUUUCUUCUGUAUCAGAGCUCGUGAAACUGAAGGACACUUCCCUCCUCAGUCUGGAGGUCUCCUGCCUUGUAGCCAAUUAUCCUGAUAUCAGUGACGAGCAUGUUUCAGCCCUGCUGGAUAUUCGGGGCGACGUGUCCAAAGACAUCCGUGGGACGGUGCUGGAGAUGUUGGAGCAGAACUCCCAGCCUGCCCCCGAAGACUACCAGCCCAUCUUCUCUGAGAUCCUGGUGCCAGCUCCCGUCCUCCCCUUCUGCCUGCCUGCUGUCAAAUGCGGAUAAGGCCCCAAACCACCUCCCCAACAACCCCUUCACCCCACCCACCUCCUCACAUCUCACCAAGGACCCCAGGGUGGAGUAAGAGGUCACCUGACAAUUGCCCAUGUGAGACCGUCUUUCUGUCCACAGUCCGACUGUGCAAUGGAUACUGGAGGCUAACUUGGCGGAAGGUGUCCAAAUUAAGUAGGCAGACCAUGUUGCUGUCCAGGUUAGUGAGCCCCUGGUGUUCAAGCAUCUGAUUUUCCUCCCCUAUCCCCACCCAAACAAACACUUAUCUCUCAUAUUUGCAGAGGAAUGAAACCUGUUCCUGUCAACUUCCUCCCUCCAAAGUAUGGCUGACAUGCCACAGUCCCACACAGAGUGAAUGUUUUGGCAGGUUCCCGCUACUAUUUGCCAGACGUUGUGUCCUCUGUAGGAGAGAGGAAUAUCAGUAAAGAGUCACACUUGACUACCCAGCUGAAAAUUCCACCAAGGGUUGUUGUCAGAGGACUGGGCUCUAGGGGAUUACCUGCCACCAGACCAAAUACAAACCACAUGCUCGCUCCUGGGAGAGAAGGAAAUGCUUAUCAAGCUCAGGACAGCUCGUAAAUGUCACAUCCAUCUUUCAUCAGUUUAUUCUCAACACUGGAGCUUCCUGCCCAAGGGAGUUCUGAGCUUACAAUCCUCCCAUGCAACCCCAAAUUGACAAAUUAUUUACACUUUCAUGGGAUGAGGGCCUCGCUGGCAAGGCCAGAAAUUUAUUGCCCAUCCUUAAUCGCCCUCGAACUAGGUCAUUUCAGAG